GCUGUUGCUAUGCUCGGGCACACGGACUCUCCACUGGACGAUACUCGCUAUUACAGGGAUACUCUACAUUUGAAGCACAAUCUUUCCUUUGCUGGGUGUGGAUUUCUUGGUGUCUACCACAUUGGAGUAGGCUGCUGCCUUCGCAGAUACGCCUCUCAUCUGUAUCACAACAGACCAAUUGCUGGUUCCAGCGCUGGUGCUGUCGCAGCCGCCGCACUCAUCUGUGAUUGUACUCCAGCCGACGUUGUGCGGGGCUGGUGCAGUAUAUUCCACAGUUGUCAGCAAUACCUUCUAAGAGCAUGUGACCUAAGAUUCAGUAUUAGCGAAUACCUGCGGGAGUUACUUUCGCGUAUUCUGCCUUCAGACGCACAUUUGUUAUGUUCUGGUCGUCUGAACAUUUCUCUCACUUCUUGUGGCACCGGCGAAAACAUCAUUGUCAGCCAAUUCAGGGACAAGGAUGAACUAAUAUCGGCUAUUUUGUGUUCUAGUUUUUUGCCUUUCUUCAGCGGAUUCGUUCCCCCUUCCUUCAGAGGUCAACCUGUUUUGGACGGCGGCUUCUCAAACAAUCUGCUCUGUCUGGACCGCAUGACUAUUACUGUCAGUCCCUUUACCGGUGAGGCCGAUAUUUGUCCCAUGAACGCUGAGUGGAAAUGUGGUUACCGUAAUUUGGCUUCACAGCAGGUCGAGGCAGUUUUGGGUACUAUCUUCUUUUUCGGCAAUAGCUUCCACGUAAAUUGGAACAAUUUCAAACGCUUUCUCGGCAUGCUUUGGCUGCCCGACCCAGAGACGUUUAUGAGCUUAGUUACUCAAGGGUAUACGGACGCCCUACGCUUUUUAGCCACGCGUGGUUUCAUUGCAUGCCAACUUCAUCGAAAUCCCCCACUCUCCUCCUUUAUCGUCCGGAACCACGGACGCUCUUCCUAUCACCGACUUCGCUACCGUUUUGUCCCCUCUUCUCCGGUCGCCGCAUCACUAGCGCCUCCACUGGGAGUCACAGGUAGGGUAGCGAUCUCUUCCGAAGCAGUGGCCUCAGAUCUUGGCUCAGCCUACUUUUACUCAACCGAAAUGAUCGGUUCCGGGAUCGGCUUGAACGCGCCUCACUGCCUCGCGUGCCAGAAUGAAUUGCUCGAUGCACUUCAAUCCAGACUUCCGACUGUCUUACGCACCAUCAUCAUGCAACACCGUAGACCACCACAUCAACGGCACGGCACUACGUCCAUCCUACGUCUAUGCACCAGCCUUUUGACCGCUUCUCGUAGCAGUCUCAGAUCGGGGCUCUCACAUGUCUACACACUGGGCCGACAUAUGUUCUUCUCAAUGCUGUUUCAGUUGGAUGUGCUUGCUCGACUGAUCUCCUCGUGA